UGGUUUGCAAUUUCAGAUCCAUAUUUUCUUGAGAAAUAUCCGCUUUAACAACAGUGCUGGGGAUGAAGUCUUUUUUUCAGAUAAUGGAAUGAAAUAUGCAGGAUUUGACAUCCUAAACUGGAUCGUCUUUGCAAAUAAGACGAUCCUUCGGCAGAAAGUCGGAUGGGUUGAUCCGGAAACUCCUUCAGGGGCAGAUUUCGGCAUUGAUCCCGAUGUCAUUGUGUGGACUAACCAGACAAAGCCUUUCUCCCGUUGUGUGAAGCAUUGCCUUCCAGGUCAAGCCAAGAAAGUUGCAGAGGAGAAGCCCACUUGUUGCUAUGGAUGUGUUUCUUGCCCAGAGAGGACCAUUUCUAAUCAAACAGAUGCAGCUCGCUGUGACCCCUGCCCAGAAGAUCAAUAUCCUAACAAGGACAAGGACCACUGCAUUGCCAAGAAGAUCCAUUUUCUUUCCUAUCAGGACACCCUGGGAUAUGCUUUAAGUUCCCUCACACUUUCUCUUUCCAUGAUCACCUUGGGAGUUCUGGCAAUUUUCCUUAAACAUCGUGACACACCGAUCGUCAAGGCCAACAACCGAGAUCUCACCUACAUCCUCCUGGUCUCCCUCCUGCUCUGCUUCCUCUGCUCCUUCCUCUUCAUUGGAAAACCGAGGAAGAUCACCUGUCUCUUCCAACAAUCUGCCUUUGCCAUUCUCUUUUCCCUUGCAGUGUCCUCUGUGUUGGCAAAAACUGUCAUGGUGGUUCUUGCCUUCAUGGCCACCAAGCCAGGAAACAAGACAAGGAAACUCUUAGGAAAACCACUGACCAACUCCAUUGUCUUAGGCUGUCCCCUGAUCCAAGCAGUUCUUUGUGCCACUUGGCUGGUAACUUCUCCCCCAUUUCCCAAUCUGGACUUCCAUUCCUUGGUAGGAGAGAUUAUCUUGGAAUGUAAUGAAGGCUCAGUUUCAAUGUUUUAUGCUGUCCUUGCUUAUCUGGCUGUUCUGGCCUUCAUCAGUUUCACAGUGGCCUUUUUGGCUAGGAAAUUGCCUGACAGUUUUAAUGAAGCCAAGUUCAUUACUUUCAGCAUGCUGGUCUUUUGCAGUGUUUGGAUCACUUUCCUCCCCACCUACCUGAGCACCAAAGGGAAGUCCAUGGUGGCCGUGGAGAUCUUCUCCAUCUUGGCCUCUGGGGCUGGUCUCUUGGCUUGUAUCUUUUCCCCCAAAUGCUACAUUAUUCUGCUGAGGCCCCAUCUGAAUUGUAGAGAAAAUAUGAUGAGGAACAAAAAUCUCUAACUAAUGCUACAUUAUUCUGCCUACGCCUGGUCUAACUUGUAGAGAAAAUAUAAUGAGGAACAAUCACUUCUGAUUUAUGCAGGGAUUGGGAACUUAUUCUGACUUUGGGGGCAUUAUUAUUUCAUCUGAUUUCUUAAAAUGAUGAAAUGAGAGAGGAGCUUCUCUAUGAAAUAAUUGGAAAUUAAAUUAUGUGACUGAAUACAAAGUAUCAGCAACAAUCACCCUUUUUCACUUACUCCUCUUGACCUCAGUGAGGCCAC